AUGUCGUGGGCGGGGUUCAAGAAGAAUGUCGGGCGCGCGACGACGCAGGUCAUGAUGAAGACCGGGCACGUGGAAAAGACAAACGACCGUGAUUACGAGGUUGAAGAGAGACGAUUUAAAACCAUGGAAGCCGCUGCACUGCGGCUACAAAAGGAAUCAAAGGGAUACCUUGACUCCCUCAGAGCCAUGACCGCAUCACAAAUGCGAAUCGCCGAAACGAUAGAUGCGUUCUACGGCGACUCCGGCGCAAAGGACGGCGUUAGCAGAAGCUACAAGCAAGCUGUCGAAGACCUAGACGCCGAAACUAUCAAAGCCCUCGAUGGCCCUUACCGAACAACUGUCCUCGACCCCAUCACACGCUUCUGCGCCUACUUCCCCGACGUCAACGAGGCGAUCAAGAAGAGAGCCCACAAAUUGCUCGACUACGAUGCCCUCCGCGCAAAGGUGAAGCGUCUCGCCGAGAAGCCCGACAAGGAUGCUACCAAGCUGCCCCGUACGGAAAAGGAGAUGGAGAUGGCAAAGGUUGCUUACGAGCAGUUGAACGAGCAGCUCAGCUCAGAGCUACCCCAGCUUAUCGACCUCCGAGUGCCGUACCUUGACCCCACUUUCGAAGCUCUUGUCAAGAUCCAGCUGCGUUUCUGCGCCGAAGCCUAUUCGCGUAUGGCGCAAGUACAACAGUAUCUGGAUGCUGACACAAGAGAUCAGUAUGCUGAGGGACAACUUGAUGCCAGGGUGGAGCAGGUAUUGCAAGAGAUUCGGGAGUUAAGCAUCAGCGGCACGGUAUAG